CGGACCGGGGCGCUCGGGGGCUCCGGGCCGGGCGGCGCGGCCAAGCCGGCGCGGCUGAGACGGGAAGGGGGCCGGUCCUGGAUGGAGCCUGGAGUGGGGUCGGAGACCGCUCGCUGCUGGGAACCAGACCCCGCGUCCCCUCCCUGCUCCAGGCCUCCCCUCGGCGCGAUCCUCACCGCCACGGACCCCUCCGUUCUGGGCGUCCCUAGCCCCGGCCCCUCCACGCCGCCCCUCCUUUGCCUCUUCCCACAGAGCCUGGUUCUGGGCCGUUUCACCCCCCUCCUCAUCGGUUCCACCCUUCCCCGCCCUGCCUUCACCCCUUCUUCUGUCCGGACGCCCCGCUCCCCUUCGGCUCCUGUCGCUAAGAACCGCAAUCCGUGCCGCUUCUCUCCGCAUCCGCCCGUCUCCCAGCCUGCGUCGUCCCACAGGUGUCCGCACGUGCGGCCGUCCACCCGUCCGUCCUCCCCGGGGCCGGCGCUGACCAUGCCCAGCGGCUGCCGCUGCCUGCAUCUCAUGUGCCUGCUGUGCGUCCUGGGGGCCCCGGCUCGGCACGCCGUAGCCGAUGACUGCAGCUCCCACUGUGACCUGGCCCACGGCUGCUGUGAUCCUGACGGCUCCUGCAGGUGUGACCCAGGCUGGGAGGGGCCGCACUGUGAGCGCUGUGUGCGGAUGCCUGGCUGCCAGCAUGGUUCCUGCCACCAGCCCUGGCAGUGCAUCUGCCAUGGUGGCUGGGCGGGCAAGUUCUGUGACAAAGAUGAGCACAUCUGUACCACCCAGUCCCCCUGCCGGAACGGAGGCCAGUGCGUCUAUGAUGGGGGCGGCGAGUACCACUGUGUGUGCCUACCAGGCUUCCACGGACGGGACUGUGAGCGCAAGACUGGACCCUGUGAGCAGGCUGGCUCCCCGUGCCAGAAUGGCGGCCAGUGCCAGGACGACCAGGGCUUUGCCCUCAACUUCACGUGCCGCUGCUUGGCAGGCUUUGUGGGUGCCUACUGUGAGGUGAACGUGGACGACUGUCUGAUGAGGCCUUGUGCUAACGGCGCCACCUGUCUGGAUGGCAUAAACCGCUUCUUCUGCCUCUGCCCGGAGGGCUUUGCUGGACGCUUUUGCACCAUCAACCUGGAUGACUGUGCCAGCCGCCCAUGCCAGAGAGGGGCCCGCUGCCGGGACCGGGUCCACGACUUCGACUGUCUCUGUCCUAGCGGCUAUGGCGGCAAGACUUGUGAGCUCGUCUUACCUGACCCAGACCCUGCCACCGUGGCAGACAUGCCCCUGGGGCCCACCUCGGCGCUGGUGGUGCCUGCCACGGGGCCUGCCCCCCACAGCGCAGGGGCUGGCCUGCUGCGCAUCUCAGUGAAGGAGGUAGUGCGUAGGCAAGAGGCCAGGCUAGGUGAGUCGAGCCUGGUGGCCGUGGUGGUGUUCGGGGCCCUCACUGCCACGCUGGUCCUGUCCACGGUGUUGCUGACCCUGAGGGCCUGGCGCCGGGGCAUCUGUCCCCCUGGGCCCUGUUGCUCCUCGGCACCGCACUACGCCCCGGCACGCCAGGACCAAGAAUGUCAGGUCAGCAUGCUGCCUGCGGGGCUCCCCCUGCCACCUGACCUGCCCCCUGAGCCCAGAAAGACCACGGCACUGUGACGGGGGUGGGGCUUCGUGCCGCCUCCACCUGCUCUGCCCUUCAGACUGGAACCGUCCUCACUUGCCUCCCCUCAGCAGCUUCACACAAGAAAUAUUAUUUUUUUAAUACACAGAAUGUAAGAUGGGAAUCUUAUUCAAUAAAACUAUG